AUGGGGAAAUCAAGUAAAGACAAGAGAGAUCUUUAUUACAGGCGGGCCAAAGAAGAAGGGUGGAGAGCACGUUCAGCAUUCAAGUUACUUCAGUUGAACGAUCAAUUCCAGCUUUUCAAUGGAGUUAAAAGAGUAGUGGACUUGUGUGCAGCUCCAGGGUCAUGGUCCCAGGUGUUGAGUCGAGAAUUAAAGGCACCAGAGAACCCAGAGGAUGUUAAGAUUGUUUCUGUUGACUUGCAACCAAUGACUCCAAUCGAUGGGGUUACAACGAUACAAGCAGAUAUCACUCAUCCCAAAACUCUACAGAAGAUACUUGAAAUUUUUGGAGGGGAGCCAGCAGAUUUUGUUUGUAGUGAUGGUGCACCUGAUGUUACUGGUUUACAUGAUUUGGAUGAGUAUAUACAAGCACAAUUAAUUCUUUCUGCAUUACAAUUAACUACUUGUAUUUUGAAAGAAGGUGGGACAUUUGUGGCCAAAAUUUUUAGAGGUAGAGAUAUUGACUUAUUAUACAGUCAGCUCAGCUACUUGUUUGAAAAAGUCAUUUGUGCCAAACCUAGAUCUUCAAGGGGCACAUCAUUAGAGGCUUUUGUUGUAUGUUUGGGUUAUAAACCUAGACCUGGAUGGAAUCCUAAAUUGGAAUUAACCAAAUCCACCGAAGAGUUCUUUCAAGAUGCCGAUAUUGGCAAAAGCUAUAAUCUUGAGUAUUUGGAUUUGCCAGAUCCGGAAGAAAGACUCAUUGCAAAGUUUGUUGCAUGUGGGGACUUGAACGAUGUUGAUUCGGAUGCUACGUAUACUUUAGAUGCAAAUUUCAAAAAAAUGGCAUUAGACCCGGUUCAAAUGCCAACUGCUCCUCCUUAUAAAAAAGCAUUAGAAAUGAAAAGAAGGGGAGAGUUGGUUAGACGUUAGAAUAUUUUCUGUUUAUGUACUUUAGUUUCAGUUCGCUUAUUUAUUUAUAUAUAUAUUUAU